AUGAUUAAGAGAGUUAUACAUAAUAAUAUUGGUAGUAUUUUUUAUUUUAAAUUGGCAAAAUCAAGUUGUUUUAGUAACAAACGUCUCUACAAUCAUAUAAACAAUAUGAAGAUCGGUACUCAUAAUGGUGUUUUUCAUUGUGAUGACGUUCUUGCUUGCUGUAUGCUUAAACGGCUUCCUGAGUAUAAAGAUGCUGACAUAAUUCGGACCAGAGAUAUGACGAAGUUAAAUGAUUGUGACAUAGUUGUUGACGUUGGCGCCGUUUUUGAUCACACCAAAAAGCGUUAUGAUCAUCACCAACGAGAGUUCAAUGAAACUUUAAGCACAUUGAAACCAGAAUUGGGAGAUAAGUAUAAAAUCAAACUCAGCUCUGCAGGUCUUGUGUAUGCUUACUAUGGUGAAAGAGUCAUUCGCACUGUUGAACCUAAGGAUGCACCAUUAACUGAUGAGAAUCUGAAAGUAAUUUAUAAAAAGGUUUAUGAAAACUUAAUAGAGGAGAUAGAUGCCAUAGACAAUGGUGUUCCAAUGACUAAAGAAGAGCCGCAGUACAAAAUACGUACACACUUAAGUGCACAAGUUGCUAGAUUAAAUCCAGAAUGGAAUAGUAAACAAACAAUUGAUAUAGACGAGAUUUUUAAACAAGCAAUGGACAUGGUUUUGAAAGAAUUUCUUUAUACGGUCAAUUAUUCCAUAUCAGUUUGGUUGCCAGCAAGGGAUUUCGUUAAAUCUGCUUUGGAAAGAAGAUUCGAGGUGCAUAGUUCAGGACAGAUAUUGGAGUUUACGGAAAGAUUCCCCUGGAAGGAGCAUUUGUUUGAUUUGGAGAUGGAAAUGGGCAUUGGACAUGAAAUCAAAUAUGUGAUCUACAAUGACAAGCCAAAAUCAUGGAGAGUACAUGCGGUGCCCAUUGAUCCCAUUAGCUUUGUGUUAAGGAAACCAUUACUUAAAGAAUGGAGGGGUGUCAGAGACGAGAUGUUGAGCGACGUUACCGGUAUUGAGGGGUGCAUUUUCUGUCAUAGCACGGGCUUUAUUGCUGGCAAUGUAUCAAGGGAAGGUGCAUUAAAGAUGGCAAUCGCAAGCUUAGAAGCUAAUGUUUGA